AUGAACGCGGUAAAGUGCCAUGUAAUUUUGCCGAGUUUGAAAACAUUUUCCAAGACUAAUUUAAGCGUUGAACCAGAGCUGUCACAAUCCUGUUACACAGCGUAUCACGAAACAACAGUCAAAAUAUUAGUAUUUAUUGUGAAUAUCUUGAGAAAAAAAAUGACAACAAAACGUAAAGCAACCUCCAUAAAACAAGUGAAAAGUGCUGAAAAUGCUUUGACGGAUUAUACCAACGAAUUGAUGAAUCAAGUUAAUACCGCUAUUAUUCGAUUGCCAUCUGAAAUUACACUUGGUAUCGACAUUGAAAUAAUAAAACAGCGGAUAGUCGAAGCGUUUUAUGCCUAUGAAGCCUAUUUACCAAAUUUUGUUGUAGAUCGAGAUAUGCCAAAUGUCAUAUGGAGCUUGGGAUUUGUCCCAUCUCAUAAUGAAAUGAACCAACUUCUACUGAAUCCUGAUCAUCAUUUGAUACAUAUAUUAGAUUUUAGCGAUGUUAUUGUACCAAAAAUGGUUACUGGAAUGUACAAGGAAGCGGAUGAAAAUUAUCUGUUGAAGUGUUUCAUAAGACUGGAUCAACAUCAAAAAGGUUUUCUACAUAAAAAAUUAUAUGUUCAAACAUUACGUGAAAUGGAAGAUAUUUUAGAUGAAAAUGAGGCACAAGAUUUAUUACAAUUUUUAACCAAAGAAGAAAGCUUAAAUCCAACAAUUGGUAAAGAGUUUUUUGAAUAUAAACGUUAUAUUAAACAUUUAUUACCACAACGACAUAAGAUCUAUUUGGAUUUGGGAGUUUUAAAAUCGGUUUGA